UAUGUUAAAUUUUUACUUCAAUUUUGAAUAAUAAAGCACUUUCAUGGAGCCAAAUUAGCAGAAGCUCACUGUAUCACAAGCCAAAAAUGACGAUAGACGAUGAAAAAUCCAUAUAUGUGGGAGGACUUCCGUACGAGUGCAAAGAACCCCUUCUUCGUCGUGCUUUUGGUCCGUAUGGUUCCAUCGUCUCUGUCAAGAUUAUUAAUGACCGUGGUGUGGGAGGAAAAUGUUAUGGUUUUGUUACUUAUAAAAAUCCCCGAUCAGCGAUUGAGGCCAUCAAUGACAUGGAUGGGCGGACUAUCGGUGGUCGAGUUGUGCGGGUAAAUGAAGUAAAGACGAGAGGUGCAGGUGGGAGAUACAACUUUGGUCGUGACAGCUUACGACAUAACCAGAGAGACAUGGAUUCGGAUAUGGGCAGAGGUAGGGAAAGAGAGAAUGACUAUGAUAAGGACAGGCAACAUGAUAAUUCCCGAGAACGUGAUGGAGAAAUGGAAAGAAGGCGCGAUCAUUCUCGUGAUCAUGAUCAAUCUAGAGAUCAAUUCCAAGGAAGAGAGCGAGGACAAAGCAGGGAUUUGUUGGAUUGGGAACGAGAUAGGGGACGGGAACAGAGCAGACAUCGUGAUCGGGAAUGGGAAAGAGAUAAGGAUGUGAAUGCUACUCAAGAUAGGGAGCUUAAUAGAGUUACUGAUCAUAACACUAUGGUUUCCGAGAGCAGAGACCAACAUACAAAGAGAAAGAAUAGAUCCAAUAGUCGUGAGCGACAAAGUAGAGAACUUUCGUCAGAAUCAAGUGAUUAUCAAUACCAGAUGGAAGAGCAGCUGGAUAUCUUGAGUAAAAGACGAGAAGAACUUCAGAAGGAGAAAUCUGAGAUGGAGCUGAAGUUAGAAGAGCAAAAACGACUAGUAGCUGAUAUGGAGAAAAGAUCUCAGAAACUGGAGGAUUUAUUGAUUUCUGCGAAAAAACAGUCUUCAGUGGGUCAAAUGCGGCUGACUAAGUUACAUAAAGGUUUCCAGGAAGUAAAGGAGUGUGGUGAAAGACUGAAAAGUUCUGAAGAGAAACUCCAGGAUCUUGUAGAUUCAGCGAGCAUGCAAGUUGAUGCUGGCGGUGAUCUUGGAGUAAAGGAUGCAUUAUACCUGACAAACGGGAACCUUUGAAAACCAUCUCUGAAACACAGCUCUCUUGCAGUUGGUUUCAUGUUACGUUUAUGCAGUAGAGAACCUAUCUCGUUCCUUUUGUUUAUGCAGUUAUUUUCUGUUGAAAUUCGAGCUAUCUUGUAGAGAGCAGCUUUCCAGGCAAUGAAACUUGUAAAUUGUUGGCAUUGUCGAUGUGCUGAAUUUUGAAACCUGUAUAUAGCACUUCAUGCUGUCUAUGUAAUGAGCAUAUAUAUAAAAGUCACACCAUUUACUCGGCAA